AUGGCUGGCCGCUAUUCAAACCCCCCACCACCCACCCGCGAUUCCUUAGAGCUCGCCUCCCUGGCCUCAUCCUCGCCCUCGCGACGCUCCUCGCAAGACUCCUCGGCCUCAGGCACCCCUUCGUCGCGCCGGCUGUCCUUUGACGACCAAGACCCCCUCUCCGAAUUGAACCCUGCCGGCCACGACGCGAACCGCCCCCGCCACAACCGCUCGUAUAGCGUGUCUUCGGCCUUUGACUUUGCGCCCAACCUCUUCCCUCUAUCGAGCACAGCCCAAGGCUACACUGCCCUCGGUGCGCCUGCGAAUCCUGCCUUGGACCCGUUGAAUGCGCUCAAUGGCGGCUCACUGGAGAAGAACAAGAGUCUCACCUAUCUCAAUGGCCUGUCGCUGGUAAUAGGUCUCAUAAUCGGCAGUGGCAUCUUCUCGUCCCCCUCGCAAGUCAACAAGAAUGCCGGGUCGCCGGGCGCAUCGCUGCUGGUCUGGGUGGUGGCUGGAGUUCUGGCGUGGACAGGGGCCGCGAGCUAUGCGGAGCUGGGAGGAGCCAUACCCUUGAACGGGGGCGCUCAAGUCUACCUAUCAAAGAUCUUUGGCGAAUGGGCAGGGUUCCUGUUCACGUGGUGCGCCGUAAUGGUGCUGAAGCCGGGUUCCGCAGCCAUCAUUGCCAUCAUAUUUGGAGAGUACAUGGUUAGUGCUGUCAUGGGAGUCGAGGCUGUCGAGGAGAACACGUGGUUGUGCAAGAGCAUCGCGUUGGUGGGACUCGCCGUUGUCACACUGCUGAACUGUGUAUCGACCAAGCUUGGCACGAGGAGCGCCGACGUCUUCAUGUUUCUCAAGUUCAUGGCAUUGCUGGGAGUCACAGUAAUCGGUAUCGUUGUUGCAGCAACCGGCCUGUCAUACAACGGCGAGCCAAACACAGAGUGGAAGACCAGAGGAUGGUUCGAAGGCACAAACACCAACGUCAGUAACUGGGCCGUAGCUCUCUACGCCGGACUCUGGGCCUUUGACGGCUGGGACAAUGUCAACUACGUAACCGCCGAGUUCAAGAAUCCCGCCCGCGAUCUCCCCCGCGUCAUCCAUACCUCCCUCCCCCUCGUAAUCCUCUGCUACAUCCUCGCCAACAUAUCCUACUUCCUCGUGCUCCCCGCCUCACUCAUCGAGUCCACAAACACCGUCGCCGUAGCCUUUGGCCAGCAAGUCUUCGGUCCCAUCGGCUCCCUCGUCCUCGCCCUCUUCGUCUCAGGCUCCUGCUUCGGCGCCCUAAACGCCACAACCUUCACCUCUGGCCGACUCGUCUAUGCCGCCAGAAAAGAAGGCUAUCUCCCCUCCCUCUUCGGCUCCAUCGGCCUCGGCAAAAACCACCGCGCAAUCCGCCUGCACACCCUCUACUCCUCGACCAGCAAAUCCAAAAUCCCACGCAAACUGGUGGACUGGUUCGCGGACGCGGACGCGGGCUUCUUUUUCACCCCCAUAGCUGCAAUGUCCCUCAACGCCCUCCUCACCGCAAUCUACAUCUUCAUGGGCUCUUUGGACACCCUGACGUGGAUCACGACGCCCAUAAUCUUUUGCUGCGUCAGCUUGUUCCUCCUCAGUAGAGCGGUGUUUGCGGAGCCCUUGCAGACCCUGCUCGUGCUCGCUUUUAUGCUUGCCGGGCUGCUCAUUUGGUUUGCUUGGGUUGGCAGACGGCGCAAUGUAGGUGCCAAGGAGCGGUAUAGAGGUGUCGAGGGCGGAGCCGAGGGCUUUGGAUGGCGGUUUUGGCGGCGCUGGGGGAGGUGA